AAGCAGCUGCGCCGCCGCGGCUCUGCCUUCCAUUGGAUUAAAAAUAGCGUCUCUCCGCCCCUCCGGACGGGCCGGCCUCGGCUGCGCGCUUCUACCCCUGUCCGCGUCUCUCUGCCCGGGCUCGGCCGACCGCUCGCGCCCCUAGCCAGCCAGCGCAGCUCUCGGGUCCGGCCGGCGGCGGGGAAGAUGGAGCGGGCCGCGUUGUUCGCACAAGGGCGGGAAGCGCCGAUGGCUGCCGGGGACGUGGGCGAGCUCUUGGUCCCCUACAUGCCCACCAUCCGGGUGCCCAAGACCGGCGAUCGCGUCUACAAGACCGAGUGUGCCUUCUCCUACGACUCGCCCGAUUCCGAAGGAGGCCUUUAUGUCUGCAUGAAUACUUUCCUGGGAUUUGGAAGGGAACAUGUAGAAAGGCAUUAUCGUAAGACUGGACAAUGUGUAUACUUGCAUAUCAAGAGGCACAUGAGAGAGAAGGUAACAGGGGCAUCUGGUGGAGCUUUACCAAAAAGGAGAAACACCAAGCUAUUUUUAGAUCUUGAAUCUAACGGUGAUUUAAAUAAUGAUGAUUAUGAGUAUGAGGAUGAAGCUAAACUUGUCAUAUUUCCAGACCACUAUGAAAUUCCUUUACCCAAUAUAGAAGAACUGCCAGCACUGGUGACAAUAGCUUGUGAUGCAGUCCUCAGUUCGAAAUCUCCCUACAGAAAGCAAGACCCAGACUCAUGGGAAGAAGAGCUGCAAAUCUCCAAACAUGCCAACACUCUGGUGCAAAUGGACAACGGGGUCAGGAUUCCACCAAGUGGCUGGAAGUGCUCCAAGUGUGACUUACGGGAGAAUCUUUGGCUAAACCUCACUGAUGGAUCAAUACUUUGUGGCAAAUGGUUUUUUGAUGGCAGUGGAGGAAACGGACAUGCGCUCGAACAUUACAAGGAGAUGGGUUAUCCCUUGGCGGUGAAGCUUGGAACAAUUACUCCUGAUGGUGCAGAUGUUUAUUCCUUUGAGGAAGAGGAGGCUGUUGUGGACCCUCAUGUUGCCAAACACUUAUCUCAUUUUGGAAUUGACAUGCUCCAAAUGCAUGUGACAGAGAAUGGCCUGAAAGAUAAUGACAUAAAACCCCGAGUUUCUGAAUGGGAAGUCAUUCAAGAGUCGGGGAUGAAACUGAAACCAAUGUAUGGACCUGGAUAUACUGGCAUGAAAAACUUGGGGAACAGCUGCUACAUCAACAGUAUAUUGCAAGCCAUUUUCAGUAUUCCUGAAUUUCAGAGGGCGUAUGUGGGAAACCUUCCAAGGAUAUUUGACUACUCUUCUUUGGACCCAACACAAGAUUUCAAUACUCAAAUGGCUAAAUUGGGACAUGGGCUUCUUUCAGGCCAGUAUUCGAAACCUCCAGUGAAAUCUGAGCUUAUUGAACAGGUGAUGAAGGAACAACACAAGCCUCAGCACAAUGGUAUUUCUCCACGCAUGUUCAAAGCUUUUGUAAGCAAAGGGCACCCCGAAUUUUCCUCCAUUCGGCAACAGGAUGCACUAGAAUUUUUUUUGCACCUUAUCAACCUGAUAGAGAGAAACCGGAUUGGCUCAGAAAACCCCAGCGAUGUCUUCCGUUUCUUGGUUGAAGAACGGACGCAGUGCUGCCAGACCAGAAAAGUACGCUACACGGAGAGAGUGGAGUAUCUCAUGCAAUUGCCUGUAGCAAUGGAAGCUGCAACAAACAAAGAUGAAUUGAUUGCCUAUGAAUUGAAGAGAAGAGAAGCAGAAACAGCAAGGAGGCCCCCACCAGAAGUGGUCCGGGCAAGGAUCCCUUUCAGUGCUUGUCUCCAGGCCUUUUCUGAACCAGAAAAUGUAGAGGACUUCUGGAGCAGCGCCCUUCAAGCCAAGUCUGCUGGCGUUAAAACGUCUCUCUUUGCUUCCUUUCCUGAAUACCUGGUGGUUCAGAUCAAGAAAUUUACUUUUGGUCUCGAUUGGAUCCCUAAGAAGCUUGAUGUUUCUAUAGACAUGCCAGAUCUUCUGGACAUCAGUCACCUCCGAGCAACAGGCCUUCAACCAGGAGAGGAGGAACUUCCAGACAUCUCUCCACCUGUGAUCAUUCCCAGUGACCCCAAAGGUACUGCCUACUACCAUGAGGAUUCCUACCUCCACACCAUUCUCCAUCACAACUCCCCAGAUUUUGAUGAAUCCUCCGUGAUGCAGCUAGCAGAGAUGGGGUUUCCGUUGGAAGCAUGCCGAAAAGCCGUGUACUAUACUGGCAACAUGGGUGCCGAGGUGGCUUUCAACUGGAUCAUUGCACACAUGGAAGAACCAGAUUUUGCAGAGCCUUUACCCAUCCCUGGCUAUGGGGGAACGGCCUUUUCGCGAACAGGAGGGUCAGGAGGUCCUCCAGGGUUGGAUAAUCAGCCUCCAGAAGAGAUGGUAGCCAUAAUUUCCUCUAUGGGAUUUCAGCGGAAUGUAGCUCUUCAGGCACUACGGGCAGCAAAUAAUAACUUGGAACAUGCAUUGGAGUGGAUCUUUAGUCACCCUGAACCAGAGGAAGAAACUGAAGUAGCUUCUGAGGUCAUGACUAUAGAAAAUCAUGUGAAUGCUAACAUCCUUGCAGAAUCUGAUCCGGAAGGACCCCGGAUUAAAGAUGGACCAGGAAGAUAUGAACUCUUUGGCUUCAUCAGUCACAUGGGAACAUCCACCAUGAGCGGCCAUUAUGUUUGUCAUCUGAAAAAGGAAGGAAGGUGGGUUAUCUACAACGACCUUAAAGUUUGUGCCUCGGAACAGCCACCCAUAGAGCUAGGAUAUAUUUACUUCUAUCACAGGAUACCAAGUUAGACCUCACUAUGUUCUCUGGCCUUAAGAAGCCAUAAGCCUUUUUAUUCUGCCAAAAAUGUGUUUCAAGUAAGCAAACCCCCCCCCCAAAAAAAAAAGAAAAAAAAAAGAAAAGCAAGAAGGAAAAUAUUUGGUCCUAUUUAUAGCUUAAAUCAGGAUAAUUCAAUUGAUGCCUUCUUAAACCUUGUAGAGGAGAGCUUUCUAUUGAAUGAUGAUGCAUUGUAGGAUUUUAAAGUGUGUCUACAUUUUGUGGAGACCUUAAGACUGUUCUGACCACUAGCAGAGGUUGUAGCAAACAUCCAGAGAACACAAAACUAUUCCUGCACUGAGAAGUUCCCAUCUUACUUUUAACCCUUAAGGAUUGAGGGUAGCGAAGCCGUUGCUUUGAACUAGGAAUUCAUCACUAUUCUGGAUGGAAUAUUUGCUAGCAUGAAAAGUUGCUUAUCUGGAGCCCUAAGUUUCCAAUUAAAAAGAGAGAAAAAAAGCUGUAAGACCCCAGAAUAUUUUGCAGACUUCAGAGCUUGAAAUUAAACCUAAUUAUUGAAGCCAAGGUGACUUAUAUUGUGUCCCAAUACAGUCUGAAUGGUUGUUUUUUUUCAUUUGGGAUUUGAUCACAUGCCAUGUUUUAUUUUAUUUCUGUACCGGAUGAUUGAUGGUCCUAAAGUUCUUCAUCUAAGAAAGUGCCCAUUUCAUUCCCUGCAAUGAAUCAGUGUACACACAUAUGCGUUUAUCUGCGCAAAUGUUUAUGAGGGCCUGUGGAUCGAUAAACAUCAGAAUGGCUAUUUUCCCUCCUCUGUUACGAAUUGCAAAUAAAGUUUGAAACAUGCAUCAUAGAAAUGCAUGGCAAAUGG